AUGGACUCACCAGAAAAAGGAUAUAGUGACAUCAGUAGGAGCUCUCAAAGCCCACAGGAUGAUAGUGAUAGGUCAAAGACCAAGUUUAGAAGAAAUUAUCGGGCUUGCUUAAAUUGCCGGCUCCGAAAGGUGAAGUGUGAUUUGGGGUCCGUGGAUAAUCCUGUUGAAGGAAAGUGUGCUAGGUGCCGCAGAGAACGUAAAGACUGUGUGUUUGUGGAAUCAAAGAGGGGAGGAACCAAAGUCCAAGUUGCUCAGCAGCGGUUUUUGAAAUCAGACUCGUUGGAGAAGAACUCGCGUCCAGGUGCUUAUGAACCUCCAUCAUCUCUUCCUUCGGUGUCGAAUAUUCUAAACCAUAAUAUGGCUAUACCACAAACCGUAUCACGCCAACAAAGCAAUGGGCCAGAACCAUCACCAUCAACAUACAGAGAUCCAUCUUCUAGAAAAGAAGAGGGCCAUUUUUCAACCAUGGAAGGUGCUUUGGUGUACCUUGCUAAAGCUGCUGGAACUAUUGCAAAAGCUGAUGAACGUGACAACAUUGAUGCAGGAAAGAGGCAUCAGCAGCUUGAAGAUGAUAUGCACAAUAAGCCCGUUGACAAUAAGUAUCGUAAACUCAUUGCUGAUGAUGAAGAGUCUCAAAUAAAGGUUCCCAAGCAUAUUCAAGAUCAGUCAAACUACUUGAGUAUUCCUAUCACUGAUGAAUUUUCUAUACGGCCCAAGGGAGGAAACAAGCUUUCGAGUAUCGAUUACAUUGGAGAAAAUGGGCUCUUGACUGAGUUCGAAGCAGAAAUGCUUGUCAACUUAUUCUUCACCACUAUGCAUCCAUACUUUCCUCACAUCCCCAACUUUCUUCAUAAACCCCAAGUACUUGCUGGUUAUCCCAUUCUUCUUUGUGCCAUUUUAACUAUUUCUUCUCGAUACCACUCAUUGGAUGCUAAUCCUAAUAACACUACAACAGGAAAUGUAAAUGGGGUUCCUAGAAACAUUGAGAUUCAUGAUAAGUUAUGGUUAUAUGUACAGAGGUUGAUUUCCCAGACUGUGUGGGCCGAAGCCAGCACUAGAUCCGUGGGAACUGUUUUUGCAUUUCUUCUCUUAACCGAGUGGAAUCCCAGAGCUAUCCAUUGGAGAUGGACUGAUUAUGCCAAUCGCCCUGAAGACAAAAACCAAGCGGAGGAAAGACCCCGACAAGAUCAAAACCUUGCUGGAUUGGGAGCUGUUCGCCGGAGUUAUCGUAUGGCUUGGAUGUUGAUUGGUUCUGCGGUUCGUUUAGCACAGGAUAUGGGGUUUAUGGAAGUAAGUCCAAAAACAUUUUUGGCAACUCAUAUCAGCGAAAUAAACAGUGUUAUGAACAUUAGUAGACGACUGAUGCUCAGCCAUUCCUUAUCUGAGCUUGAAAUAGAUGAAGAUGUUAACAUGGACGAUUUAGAUGAAGAUACCGACUAUGAUUAUGACCACACGAUCCAGAAUAUGACUGAGGAGGAGAUUAAGGGCAAGUCCCGAGAGCCCAUUCGAUUCAGCUUCCGCCAGAGAGCAAAAAUAGAACUCUUACAGAUCAUGUCUUUAAGUCAUGAGUCGUUGUAUGGAUAUAAAGCUCAGCUUGGUCUGCUCACUCAACGCCAAAACUUGGCAGUAUUGAAUAUUAUAAGCCCUCUCAUCAACAACUGGGAAAACAAGUAUAAAAGACUCAUGAAACCUUCAAAUUACAGACAAUAUAACUUGAACAAUACCAACUUGCUCUUGGACCAAACCUCGAAAUUGGCACGUGAGUUAUAUGAUUGCAUUGAACAUGAGUGUUCUAUCUUUGAGUUCAAUUAUGCAAAGUUGUAUGUGUUUUCUUUGGCACUAUCCUCAUCUUCCGAUUCAAAGCCUGACAACACCGGGCGUAAAAACAGUAGACAAAGAGUCAAUUUGAAAUUAGAUGAAAUAUCCAAGUCUGCAAAGUACAUCGAGCAGGCAUUUUUGGCUGCCAACGAAAUGUUAGCAGUAGCACAUAGAGUUCACAAAUUGAAGAUGCUUAGGUUUAUGCCAGUAAGAUGGGUUACUCGUAUAGUAAGAGCUGUGGCGUUCAUUGUUAAAUGCUAUCUAACAAUUACUGCCCACAAAAAACUGACGUCUGGACCUGAAGCCAAUGUUGCCAACAGUACAAACUUUGAUGCAAUGAUUUUAUCACUUUCGUUGAUUCCUGUUGACGAAAUCAUGACUAGUAUUCAAAGAGCAGCGAUUACUUUGAGGGACUGUUCACCCGACGAGUUACAUUUAUGUACCAGAUACUCCAAUGUGUUGAUGUAUUUGUGCUCUGAAAUGAAGACCACCUCAAAAGGACCUUCUGAUAGUUAUGUGCAACCAGAUUUGAACCUAUAUAGAGGGUUCGAUGGUGAAGGAAUUACAUCAGAACUACCCGUGAACCUUCAAACGUCAAAUCCUCAAACAUCAAAUCCAACUACAAAUGUUGAUAUGGAAGCAGAAACCCCUUUGCAAAAUUUGAUGGGGGAUAGUGAGGUGAUGGACUGGUUUAUCACUAACAAGAAUGUGGGUCUUGAUUUUGUCGGUCCUUGGACAGAGAUGAUUGAACAACAGUUGAACUCUAAUGAUCAGUUCAACUUUGAUGACGCUAUGACAUAG